AGUUUAAAUUAAAGCUUGACAGUUAGUGUGGACAUAAUGUGAAAUCGAAAAUAAUUUGAUUGAUGAUGUACAAAUAGAGCUUUUGUUAAAAACGGGUGACCAUAAGUAUUUUUUGAAUGCUUCUUCCAUAAUUUGCUUUAUUGUCUUCUCCAUAUCAGGUUUCAAGAUAUUUCUUUUAUAGCACAUUUUCGAAGAAAAUACAUUUUAACACCUCCUUGGUAAAUUUAUAGUUUACAGUUGUUAAAUUUAUUAAUUGCAGAUUUAAUAUAGGUAUGUACUUAACUAUAUGUUCUGGAUCAGAUUUUCAUUUAGGUCUCUGCAUAAACUAUUACCUUUCAUAUAAAAUAUACGAUUAUCUUGUUUUCAUUUUCCGAGACCUCGAUCAGUAGAAAUUUAUAUGUUUGAUUUCAUCAUUGAAGGAAUUCUUUUAGAUAGUAUAGUGGCCUUAUUUAGUUUUUGAAACUUAUUUUCUUUUUUGUGUCACUUGUGGUGACUUCAUAUGAAUGUUUAAAUAAGUAUUUUCAUUGAGAAAAGUCUAAUGGUUGGAAUUUUCUUGUAAGACUUAAUACAAAAAUUGUUUUAUACGGAGGGGUUGCACUUUUGAAAUUACUACGCAAGAAAGAAGUGUAUUCAAACAAAUUUUUAUUCAGAUUAAACAAAAUAAAAUGGAAAAUUGUUACAAAUAAUAUCGUCUAAUUGGUCGCCAUCUCGCCUUUGGCAUUCCUGAAAUCUGGACCUUAAAAACUCUUCCACCCAUAACGUACGUUAUCCAUUUCUUAACGACUGCUUUUUUUUAAUAUGAGAAUUAUUCUUGAAAUCAACUGGAGAUAGGUCUUGGCUGCAAGGAGGCCAUGGAAUAUCUCCUUUGCGAAAAUCAAUUUACUUCUUCAACCACGGAUAGAUUCUUGUUGAAUAUAUGACAGGUAGCACCAUCUUAGGCUGAAUAGCGACAUGCAUUUUCAAGAAAGUACGGGCUAUUUAUUGCUUUGAAGACAUUGCUGCGCAAUUGAAGAGUGUGAAGGUUUGUCUUCACUCUAAAAUCUGUAAUUUGAGUAAAAGUAAGCUUCUACCGCGAAGAAAAUGUUAUUGAAGUUAUCAAAACUCUCAAACGUCGAUUCGACGAUUUUUCUUAAAAUUGUAUCAUUUUUUUUCAAUUUUUGCACCUAGUGUACUUGAAGGAUUGUUUUUUAAGCUCAACUUUCAUUGUGACUAAAAUGAAGAACCAUACAAGUGCUGCCACGACCCCUCCAUUGCACGAUUCCUACGCUAAAUCCAUUCUUGGACUUGGACUUCAAGUUUGUUUCUGAUAACCUUUUGCUACAAGCCUUGCUUUUCUUUUUAUAAUCUUUAUAUUUAGUGGUGAAAUAGCAGGUUCCCUGUUUUAGACUUUUGAUGUGCAUCAAAUUCUCUUUUUAGUGCACUUUACUAUUCCGAGCACAAAUUUUAUGAAUUAUACGAUAUAAAACUAGGUAUAAUCAUUUAUGGUAACCUGCUAAUAGCGUUUAUAAUUUUUGGAUGGUUUUUUCAUAGGUUCCCCUAGAUUCCAUUGAAGUGAAAUGAGGUUGCGUCAAAUAAUAGGUAGAUACUCACCAAACAUCGAUAACCACAUUUUUUUCAACGUAUUAGCUUCAGUAGUAGUGGACAUUUGUUCAAGUACCUUUAAAAUUCUUACCUGAUUGCAAUAGCUAAGAAUAUUUCUUCGGUUAUUUUUCAAUCAACUUCCUAACGGAGAUUAAAACAAAUUUGAAUACGUCCAAGAUCUUCUUUGAACCUGUGACACAACUUUAAUUGGCAUUUCUACUUGAUCCUAUAUGUGCAUGACUAUUUUGGGGAAUUUUGUCCUGGAAAAAGGAUGAUAGGGCCUAAAGCUCGAGUAACUAACGUUCUAUUCUUCUCUGGAAUAGCAUGUGCUGGCAUUUUAGACAAUUUCAAUUGGGCAAGAUCAGACAAAAUCGAAGUGAAUUUGCCGUGGUUACCAUUUGAGAAUGAGACACGAUGCUAUGAUGAACUGGGGUGUCUCAACAUAACCCGAACUUGGUACCAUUUGAUAAAUAGGCCAUUCAAUGUAUUUCCUCUACCAAGAUCUGUGAUUAACACAAGAUUUAUUUUAUUCACUAGACUGAAUCCUUCUGAGGGUCAAAUUAUAAGGGCAAACAAUCAUUCAAUAGAAAGAUCAUAUUUAGAUGUCAAAAAGAAAACCAAAUUUAUUAUACAUGGAUUUAUAGACACGCCGUUAUCAAACUGGGUGCAGGACAUGAAAGAUGAACUCCUCAAAGCUCAGGAUGUUAAUGUGAUCGUUGUUGAUUGGGCAGGUGGUAGUUUGCCUUUAUACACACAAGCAACUGCUAAUACUAGAUUAGUAGGGAUGGAAAUUGCGAAUUUAAUCAAUUUCAUAGUGAAAAACUACGAAAUGGACCCAAGGGAUAUCCAUAUAAUUGGUCAUUCUUUAGGAGCUCAUACUGCUGGCUACGCAGGCGCCUUAGUUCCUGGUCUAGGUAGAAUAACAGGAUUAGAUCCAGCAGAACCUUAUUUUCAAGGAAUGCCUCCACAUGUAAGGCUUGAUCCAUCUGAUGCUGAGUUGGUAGAUGUAAUCCACACUGACGGUAAAGGUAUUUUCUUUUUAGGAUAUGGUAUGUCCCAACCAUGUGGACACUUAGAUUUUUAUCCUAAUGAUGGUAAAGAGCAACCAGGCUGUGAUAUAACGCAGACACCCCUCGUUCCCUUAACACUUAUAAGAGAUGGACUUGAGGAAGCUUCAAGAGUGCUUGUAGCUUGCAACCAUGUUAGAGCCAUUAAAUUGUUUAUUGACAGUAUAUCUACAAAGUGUCCUUAUAUUGGACAUCAGUGUAAAUCGUUCGAACAGUUCAAAGAAGGUAGAUGUUUCAUAUGUAAACCAGGUUCAAAUUGUGCUAUUAUGGGGUACCAUGCUGAUACAACUCCUGGACUUCUCGAAAAUAAUGAAGUACAACCUCAAUCCUCAAAGCUGCAGGAAACUGUAGGAACUAAAUAUUUUUUAACGACAGGAAAAGAAUAUCCUUAUUGUCAUCGAAUGUAUCGGAUCACUACUGAGUUAGCACAUCCACCAUUUGCAGAAAAUUGGGUACAAGGUCAUCUAAAAGCAUCUAUCUAUAGUCCUUCUGGCGUAUUACAUGCAGAAUUAACCCCAUCCGGUGAUAUGAAACUGGAACAUGGGGCUACAUAUACUACUGUGGUUUCUCAUCCCAUAGAUCUUGGUGGGAAUGUUAGAAAGGUUGAAUUAAGUUGGGAAUAUGAUAUGAACGUUUUAGAACCACGAACUUUAUGUUUGUUUUGGUGUAAUGAUCAUUUGUAUGUCAAAAAUGUUUUGGUGGAGGAGAUGGAGAUGCCUGGCAGAGGGAAACGAGACGCUCAGUUUUCAAGUAAACUAUGCUCCAAAGGCAAAAGGGACUACGCAGAUAUUGCAAAUAGAGGCAAGGGUAUUUUUGUUGAUUCAUGUUCAGCAGAUAAAUUUUCAAAAAGCUAGCAAAAACUUUUUAUUUUAUGGGAACUUAAAUGGUUUUAAUAAGCUAAUUUAGCAUAAAAUCCUUAAAGACUACUACUUCCUAGUGAUUGUUGUAGAUUAUAUUAUUAUCUCAUUUAUUUAUAUUGAAACUAGAUUUCACUGUACUAAUGUUUAUUUUCAUGCUCAAUUAGUUCAAAUGAGUUAGAGUUCAUAUCAGAAACCCACAUACUUAUACACAUAACACAUUGAAUUACUGUUGAAAAAAAUAAUUUUUUGUAAUAGACUUGGAAAAAGAAUAUUGGACAGGAGAUGUAACUAUUUUCCUUCAUUAAUAUCAUGGACAAUAUAAAUCAUUAUGUCCCUGCUACAAAAGGUUUCUGUUUUUGAUUAUAUAAAAAAACAAAAUUUAAAAAAACGAUCGAAAUCAGAACUGUUUCUUAGAAUUUCUAAAGAUUUCCUGUUUUAUAUAUUCAUUUACUAUAAAGUAGAUCAUAAGGGUGCAGUGUAAAGUGUACAAAUGUCGAGAAGUUUUUACCAACUGCUCGUUUUUUUGAGCUAAUUUAGUGACUCCCUUUUAAACUUAAUAUAACUUGCUGUAUAUUUUAUUUAUUUUAUCAACAAUGUAUCCUUUUAAUUGAACAUUUUCAGCUUACAAAUAAACCUUUUUUGAGCAAAUGUAUGUUCUAGAAACUAUAUUGGAAAUAUUUGAUCUCUUAUUUUAUGAAUUAUUCGCUAAAUGUGUAAUUUUAUUUAAUAAUUAUAAGUUAGUAAAAAUGAUUCUGAUUUUAAUUGAACCAGAGGUUGAUAAAAAAAAUGUUAUGAAGUACAGAACAUACAUAAUUAUAUUGUGAUAUUUGUUUUUAUUAUGAAAUAAAGACAUGAGUUAAAA